AUGGCUGUGGUGUUUGGUGGGAGUAGUGAGAGUCGCAACUACAAGGUCGAUGAGCGGGAAGCACGGUCUACACAGGGCGUCGUUGGGGAGCCAAAGCGUCGCCAGCAGGCUCUCACCCAGCAAGCAACUAUUGUGGUCGCGGCCCAGACUCAAGAGACAGCUAAGAGACAGCAGCCAGGGUGCAGCCAAACACUUCGCAGCCUCUCGAGCGGUCCCGUUGUGCCGACGACUCGUAGCGGGGUCCAGUCACGGGCAGCAGAUGAGUGGCACAGGGGCGUUGAAUGCAGCUUGUGUAUACGCAGAAGCCGGAGAUGCAGCAGAGGACACCGUCGCAGAGGUUUGCUGGAUACAGAGGCUGGCACUAGGGCAGACUGCGACAAUCGAGGCAUGCGCGAUGAGGUGUGA